UUACGACUGGACAGAGAGGUCUACUUCUAUGCUGGGCACAAAAUCCACAUCGUUGAGGCAUUGGACUCCUAUGGCGGAGUGAUCUGGCCAGCAGCGUUGGCUCUAUGUAACUACCUGGAGACCAAUACUGAUGUGAUAGAUCUGAGAAGGAAAGCAGGUUCUGGAGCUGGGAUCAGGGACAGAUUAGUGUCUGUCGCCGCCAGUCUACUGGGUGCCCAGGUGACAGCCACUGACCUCCCAGACGUCCUUAGUAAUCUGAGAUACAACUUGCUCCGAAACACCAGAGGGCGCUCUAAAUAUACACCUGAGGUGACAGCUCUGGCCUGGGGUCCUGGGGUGGAGCAGCACUUACCCCAGAUCCAUCUAUCACUGCAUGACUACGUGCUGGCGGCUGACGUGGUGUAUCACCAUGACUUAGAGGAGCUGUUGUUUACCAUGAGAUACUUCUGUCGUCCAGGAACCACUCUGAUCUGGGCCAACAAGGUCCGCCUCAAGACAAACCUGGGAUUCACUGAGGAUUUCAAGAAAACCUUCAACACCACCCUGCUGGCUGAGAUGGGAGAGGUUAAGAUCUUUAAGGCCACGUGUAAAAGGUAG